AUGCUUCAACGGACUACUUUUGUUCAAAACGUGCAAAAGCGGCUGUUCGGUAACACGUCUUUUGUUUGCAAGGGAUCCUCUGCAUCUUUUGUUGCUGAAGUCGAUCCGUAUACCGUUACGACUUACUCAAGACCGCCGAUAGUUUUCACCAAGGGAGAAGGAUGCCACCUUUGGGAUAUGGAGGGAAAGAAGUAUACCGAUUUUUCUGCUGGAAUUGCAGUGACUGCCCUUGGACACUCGCACCCCGAAAUUGCAAAGAUCAUGUACGAGCAAGCUACCACUCUUGUUCAUAGCUCCAACUUGCUUUACAAUCAGUGGACUGGCGAAUUAAGCAAACAGCUGGUGUCCAAGACUCUGGAGUCAGGAGGUAUGAAGGAUGCGUCUCGUGUUUUCAUGGCCAAUUCCGGCACCGAAGCUAAUGAAGCUGCGCUGAAGUUUGCAAGAAAGUACGGCAAGUCGUUUGCGGAUAACAAAAUUGAGUUCAUUACCUUCGAACACUCUUUUCAUGGACGGUCCAUGGGUUCACUUUCGGUAACACCAAAUCCAAAAUACCAGAAACCAUUUGCGCCUUUGAUUCCUGGAGUAAAGAUUGCAAAGCCCAACGAUAUCAAGUCCGUGGAAAGUGUUAUCUCUGAUAGGACGUGUGGAGUGAUUAUAGAGCCAGUUCAAGGAGAAGGUGGUAUAUAUCCUAUGACUUCCGACUUCAUGGUGCAGCUCAAAGAGUUAUGCAAUAGGCAUAAUGCGCUUUUGAUCUACGACGAAAUUCAGUGUGGAUUGGGCAGAUCUGGAAGACUUUGGGCGCAUUCCAAGUUGCCAGAAAGCGCUCAUCCUGAUAUUCUUACAAUGGCCAAGGCUCUCGGUAACGGAUUUCCUAUUGGUGCAACGAUGGUGACCGAAGAAGUUGAGAAGGCUUUAAAAGUUGGUGAUCAUGGAACUACAUAUGGUGGAAAUCCAUUGGGUGCUCGAAUUGGAUUAUACGUGCUGGACAAGGUUUCUGAUCCUGAAUUCUUGCAACAAGUCGAGAAAAAGUCGGAACUUUUCAAGGUCAAACUCAGCGAACUGAGCGAGAAAUUCCCAGAUCAAAUCAAGGACAUUAGAGGGGAAGGCCUUUUACUUGGUGUGGAGCUGAACCAGGACCCAUCGCCAGUGAUUCAAAAGGCCAGAGAGCUUGGACUGCUGGUUAUCACUGCUGGUAACAACGUUAUCCGAUUUGUUCCUGCUUUGAACAUUGAAGACUCUGACAUCAUCGAUGGUCUCGACAUUUUGGGAAACGCUUUCCAAGAGACAUUUACCAAAUAA